AUGCCUGCAGCCUGGGUCCUGGCGCUGGUCGUGUGCGGCCUGGGCGGCCCGGCCGCCUGGGGCUGCCUGCAGUGCGACCCCUCCGUGCAGAAGGACCUGCAGGAGCUGCGCUCCGCGCUCGUCCCGGCCCAUUUCCCCUCCGAGGGCCUGCAGGAGCGGGCCCUGGCCCUGCUGUCCGGCAUGGAGGGGCCCUUCUUCAGGGACUACGCCAUGAACGCCUUUGUGGGGAAACUGGAAGUAGAUCGCAUGGAAGGCAUCAGGGCCCUUAUCAAGAACGAAACCCAGGACUUACGGACAAAGUCUCUGACAGACCUUCCCCUCCUGGAGGCGCUGGUGGGCUUCAGGGAGAGGGUGACCAAGGAACUCAAGAAGGCUUUGCGCUCCUAUGAGAUGAAAGCCUGUGAUCAUAAAUUGUGCCGCUUGCUCAAAGAAGAGGUUUUGGACUGCUUAAACUGCCAGAAGAUCACUUCCAUGUGUAUCAGGAACAAAUACUGCUUUGUGGACAGACAGCCUCGCAUGACCCUGAAGUACAAGGACAGCAACUAUCAGAGUGACAUGAAGUUUGUCGGCAUCUCUGUGUCUGUGCUUGUGUCUAUCCUGGUCUUCCUGGCCAUCCUCAUCUCGGCUCUCACAUACAGGGAAAACCGGAAACUCCUGCUGCGGUAG